AUGACCACCCGGCUACCUUUUCUUGCCGUUCUAAUCUUGCCAACUGUUAUCUAUUCCGUUGAAAUUCGUUGUUAUGCUGGUUUGAAAUAUGUAGUGGGACAAGAAGUGAUACAAGACACUGAAAACUGUGAUGCGAUGCUAGGGAUGGGAGAGUCCUACUGUUACAAAUUCAUGGAGGAAACCCAAUUGAAUGAAGUUGUCAAAAUGGGAUGUUCCAGCUUUUUCUGUAAUGGGAUCCGCAACAGGUGCAUGGAAACCGAUCUUCUUGGAAUGAAAGGAACUUUGUGUUGCUGUAAUGAUCGACACUACUGUAAUUCUAGUCGUUCUCAAAUUUCAAUUAUUUUCUUGAUUCUCAUCGUUGCUUUAUUGAUUUGA